CUAUAGGCGAUUGCAAGAAAGUAAUGAAUUCACUGAAAGUUUAAACUUUGGAGAAGAAAGGUCUUGUGAAAUGUUUAGUGGAUAGAAAGACUGAAGCAGACGACAACAAAAUUCGCCUUUAUUGGUAGGUAAAACUACUAUUGAUGGGAUUUGUGUUCAUUUUCAUUUGCAAAUGCCACAUUAAUGUGACGCCAUGAUCUUCCCGCACACCGCCUCUCGCGCUUUUAUAUCUCUUUUAUUAAGACACAUGACUACCAAUCGAAAGCAUUUCCGCGGUGUGGUUAUUCUCGAAUUGGCCAUUACUUGAAAUUGUAACUAAUACUUUUUUUAAAUCUAGUUUGAACCUUCAGGUCGUCAUUAUUAAUAGACAAGAAAAGUGAGCCAGAGCUAAAAGCUAGACGCUAUGCUUGGUUUUCUUGGUUUUCAAGUUUUAAUUUCAUUGGGUACGUCAAUCUUUAAUUUAUGUUGUUAUUCCUAAGACCUACGUAGAUUUAAUUUCUAUAGUCCUACUUUAAAUCUUUUUGUCGCAUGUACACAUUUCCACUUUGUUAAUAAUGUCAGGCAACAAGUUCUUCUUCAGGGCCACUCAAGUUUAUUUUAUUUGAUUUUGACUAGUUUUAUUAUUUAAGUGUUAUUGGUAUCGAUUAGUUACUUUGUAUCUUUUGCAGUGGAUUUUAUUAUCCUCUACAGCUAAAACAUUUGUGGUCCUAUUGGUCGGGAUUAAUGUUUAGAUACGUCUUCUCAUCAGGUCAUACACGUGCAUUUCCCUGUUAAGGCCGUACGUCGUUGUCAUGUAACAAUUUCAUUUUACCUUUACAUUAUUGCUUUCAACUAACGAUUGGGCUUUUCUUUGUGCAAGGGUAUCUGUUCAUUAAAACAAUACAUCAUACCCACAGUGUUCGUGAACGAAUCCGUUGUGCACAUGGCGUCGCGGCUCUCGCUCACGCUUAGCUGGCGUUUUAUCAUUAGACUUUCCUAAAACGUUCAUUGUUUGAUUUUGGACACAGCUUCGUCACUGGACAUCUUUGAGAAUAACUGUUUACAGGCAACCAAUCAACUGAGAAGGCGACACGGCGUUCCAGACUUAACUUGGUCCAACACCCUCGCGGCUGAUGCACAAGCCUGGGCAAACAGGCUAGCAAACAGCAACGUAUUUCAGCACGACUAUAUCAGCAUGCAAGCCAAGAAUCAAGGAGAAAAUUUGGCCUACUUUAAACCUUUCAAGAGGAAAUGUCAGGGUCCAAAAAGAGACGAUUGCGUCCAGUGCGCAGAAAUUGUUGAUGAUUGGUAUGAUGAGGUCAAAAAUUACGAUUUUGACUUGGGUAAAGCGAAGACACCCAGUGGAGUAGUGAUGCACUUUACACAGGUACCAGUUUGCAUGGACAACUCCAGCAAUUUUAAUAGUUUUCACUUUUUUUAUUAGGCUAUGUUCAUUCAAUACAGGAUACCUUGUCGCGCGGACGCGAAAAAAACCUAUCCGAAAUGUGGCGCCCAUGGGAUUCCGCAUUCUGGAAUACGGAACAAUUUUGCUCGUGGAAUCCAGAAUCUGGAAAAUUUUAGUUGUGCUACCCAAAUUCCUGGGCUGUUGAAUAAGGAAUACGGUUCAACGAGUCCAGAUCCUUCUGACAAUCGGAAUCCGGAGUCCAACUGACAAAGAAUCCGGUACCCAGUACAAAGAAUCCGGAAUCCACAGCAUGGAAUAUAGAAUCUUAGACUUUCUUGGAUUCCCUUAUAUGGAGGGUUAUGUGGCUCUCCACUUAAGAGAUCGGAGCAGAGCAGUUGCUCUCCGUUACAGACAUCGCGCCGACAUCACCGUUUUUAUAUGUGAACUAAAGCCUUACCCGGUAUGAUUCUCGUGCCGGCGUAAAAGCUAUCCAGUAUAGUGUGAACAUAGCCUAAAUAUCUUAGGUGAUAACCACUGGAGAUGGUGUACAGUCAUGUUUAACAAGGAAGCUUUUUACUUAGAUAGAGCGCUUUUCAAUUGAGUGUCGAAAACCAAAACCAAAGUAAUAGAUAUGAAAAGCAGCCAGCCAGUGCUGCAAUAAAAAAUAGCCAAGGAGCGAUUGUUUUAGUUUUCAUCUGAUUGGCUGAGAGGGUGGCAGUUGUUUUCUAGGCCAAUCAAACAGCACAGUGUUUCCUGGAUUACAAUAAUAAAAUUGCUCUAAAAGAAUCUACUAAAAACAAUAGUUCCUUGUUGAUAAAUUAAUAUAAAAGAAUUCAAAGUUCCUUCCAAAUUAUUCACUUCCUGUUUGAGGUGAUGUUUUCAACUUCAUUCUUCAUAUGACCCCACAGCUUCAUAGCAGCGAAAACAGGACAGGAUAUUUGCCAUCAAGCACCUAUUUGGGUGCGUUGACUUUUAAUCGAAGCAUUUUCCUAUCCCAGCAUCUGUCAAUGAAUUCUAUGUCGAAUAUGUAGACUGUUGACCGUAUAAAAUCUACAUCGUGAAUUUUCGGCAUAUUAAGGAAAAUUCUGAUAGAACUUGAGCUCAAAUGGCAAGAACCAUUGAGCGCCAAACAUAAUUUUUUUACUUUUCCUAUUCCUGUUUCUCAACAAUUCAAAAAUUUCGCUCCUCCCGAAAUUUAUAGUAUCCGUCCACUACCACCAACAUCAUUCCCGACAUUUCUAUUGUUUCCCCAGUCCACCCCCAUCACUGCCACAAUAGCAUUUCUAUUUUUUUUCUUCCAGCACCACCAUCACACUACAUCUGUAUUGUUUUCCCCCAACCAUGAUCACCGCCACAACCGCACCACAUUUCACAACCACACAUUCCAUCACCACCACUACCACCACCAGAUUUUUAUUGUUUUCGCUCUACUACCAACACAUCCUUUCAUCCGCAUUUUAUUCAUGACAUUAAGACAAAAGGCUAAGGCGCCAUUGGCGUUAAUGUAUUCCUGCGCUAGUUUAUGACUUUCCUGCGCCAAAAACGGAUGAUUUCAUCCCUGCUAUACUACUUAGAAAGGAAUAUUUUUUAUUUAAAACUUUGAUUACGUCUGAUACAAAACGCCAUUAUUUUAUUAUACAGGAAGUCUGGAAAAAAUCGCAUCAGUUUGGAAUUGGCACUGCCAAAAGCAAGAAAUAUGGCUUUAUUUUAGUGGCACGCUACAGUCCUCGGGGUAAUGGAGGAGGGCCUAUGGUUUUCAAAGACAAUGUCUUCCCACCAGGUGCGUUGUCGUCUUUUGCAUGUUUGCUUUGAAAAGUCCUCAAAAAUACAGUUGAAAAAAAAAAUAAUUAAGGCUAAUUUGUCUUCUACAGUAUAAUAAUUAUGCUCUUGAAUAGUCUUGGCCCCUAUUAAUUACAAAAAAUCUUGCAUGAGAGGUUCAUUCCAAAUUGUACAAGUAGACGCUGGAAGAACAAACGUCCUUAGGACUGAAUAAUAUUCCAAUUGUAUUUAUUUAAAGACUAUUUACUUUCCAUUCGUUUGAAAAUAACACGAGCAAUUUUUCUCUUUUUUGACAGGGACUAUUUCUGACCCCACGCCAUCAACAAGCCCAAGCGCAACUCCUCCAGCGCCCACCUCGAUCACACAAAAUAUUAAAAUUAACAUAUCAAUUAACACAAGCACAAUGCCUACAUCAGCUCCAAGCAAACAAGGUGAAAAAAUGCAUGCAAACUUUUACUAUUUUAUAUAUUACAGAAGAACCAAAAGCUCUGCAGCAAUGAUUUUCAAAUUUUUUUUGACAGAAAAUCUAAAAUCUUGUCAGGCAAUCUCGGAAAAGUGUACUAGGCUUAUCUCUUAUUCCCGGCCAUUUGAUUUAGUGACGAACUCGCUUAACAUUUCGUAUCCGACAAUAAAAACGAAAACUUGACCUUAUAUUUGAAAUUAGACUUCAAGUCUAUGUUAAAAGUAAAUGUCGCAUAUGUUACGUGCAGUCUAAGCAAAUUAUCUGGAAAAUACAUUCUGACAUUACGAGUCUUCAUAGCCAAUAACAUAACGGCUUAACUGACAGACGACGAAUAACAUCGAGACUUGAUUGACCAAUCAGGUCAAUAACCAGAGUUUAACAGCAUCAACCGAAGUGAUACAAUUCACUGUGACUCUGAAGAUGACUAACGCACAGGUUGUCGAAACGUCAGUCAGUUCAACAACAACAGUCCUAUCCAGGACUACGUUCACCUGGACGAUCAUACUCAAUCGACUCAUUGGCAUAAAAGUGUAUUUCAGCUAGUUGUACCACAACUUAUGAGCUUUCAAAAGAUGAAUUCUUGAACUUUCAAAUUGAAUGCUCAUAUCUAACUUAUCUUUUAUUCUGCAGUCGGAGGAAAGCCCACCACGCCGAGCGUCACCACCACCUCCCCUCCACAAGUGACACUUCCUGCUGGUAGGUGAUGAGUGAAACUUUUGGUUGUCUUUCUAAUUGUUUGUGUCUAAACGUAAACGUUGAGCUAAGUUGGACCUUUAAUGUCCAACGCCUGAACCUUCACACAAUGGCUUUCUUCUACUUGCACGUAAAUGUUACGUGACACAGGAAAUCCACACUACAGGGCUGCAAUAAAAUUAUCCAUAGGAAGUGCGAUGAUUCUUAGUGUUUGUCCGUCAUUUGACACUGUACUUGUCUUCUUAUCAUAUGAUAUUUGUGAUGAUUCUGCGCAUUACAAAGUAAGUAAAAAGGGACCAUUCUCCUUUCUUACUUACUGCAAGGGGCUUAUCUAUCACUUCCUGUAUCCAGACCUGCACCUCUUCCUCUUGAUCACAAAAAAGGAUGUCGUUCCUGAACGUUUUGGUUACAGAAGGAACGCAUUGUUAUGAAUUAUUAGGUUCUUAAUUAACAACUGUUAUUUAUAUUUUCUUUUUAUUCUUUUUUCGUUUGUUUAUAUGCGCGGAGGUGAUCGCUUUGACGAAGGACUAGCGACGAAACGUCAGAUUCUCAAUCCACCUACGAAGGCCAAUCAAUAAUUUAAAUCAUAUCACCUUCGUUGAUAAAACUAAAUUAUUGAACCUGAUCUCACAACCACCGCCGUCACUUGUCAGUUUCUUUGGAAAAGUACUUACCUCGUUUAUCUUUUGUUUUCCGAAAACGGCGACCACCUCACUUUAUUUCCAACGCCUUAUUGAGCAGAGAAGUCAUAAGUCAGUCUGCAACUGAAAAAGGGGCCAAUGACACUCGGUCUGUGUGUGGCGGGAAAAUAAAGGAACACGACUCCGUUGUUCUAAAAUUUUCUUCGGAUGUGGUCUUCUGAGGGCCUAAACUCAACCGUUUCAACAGGAAAGUAAAGUCCUAUGUUAACGGCUCUGCCGAGGAAAAUGUAUUUUUGGCAAGAAAGUUGAAGAAAAGGAUCGAGCUUAUAAAGAAACAAACGCAAUUAACGUCUUUAAUAUUUUAUUUUAACGCGUCAACUGAUGGAGAAAUUUCAGAAAUCGUGACUAAGCUUACACGAACUUGUCCUCUCGUCAGUGUUUUCUUGCAUUUAUACCGGUAAAAGGGGGCAUAUUCUUUUUUAAACUCUUUUUUCCUUUGGUUAACAUGCAUCAUUACACCACCUUUCCAAGACUUUUUUUCAGGUCAAGUUUUUUUUGUUCUUGUGGUUUGCGCUCUUGUUGAUGUUUUACGACCAUGGUUACUUAAACUUCAUUGCCUUCAUUCUUGCUUCAUUCAAACUAUCGAUCAUCCAAGCAGCCAUGAAUAUAGACUACGAACAGUUUCUCGCGCUUGACGGAGGGCGCAAGACAGAGGAGGCGUGAAAUAAACAGGCUUUUCCCAAACCCAGUCGGCAAAAUUACGAUAAUUUCACUUCCUGAGAUGAGAGCUUCUGAUGCUUCACUUUGCUUUGACUUUAACGUUUCUGUUUUAAGGACUGCGUGACAGACAUUCCUGCAUACUUCAGUCAUCAUCAACUUGUCAGUGGUUUCGGUUGCUGACAGUUGUUGUCAAAGCUUCACGAACAAGCAAAUGGUAACUAUUUUUGAGUCGCGAGAGCCGCGCAUAAUCCUUUUUGUCCUGGCUGUAGGGAAGUCUCUACUUAUUUCGGCUCUACUACGCAGCACAACAUGAAUCGAAAAACCAUAGGUUUAUUUUGGCAGUUUAGACCAAACACCAAGAGCUAUAACAAUACGUUAUACUACAACUUCUGUUACAUUCAAAUAUGUGGUCGAUAAACUAGAACAGGGUUUAGAGACAGUUUAAAAAGAAAACUCUGAGUACGAAGGCCAGAAAAAUACCUGCCGGGAAAAAACCGAUUAGGGAAAAAACCUCCAGGAAAUCUGGGAAGGAGCCAUGAUCAUGCUCUGAAAAGCCCCUCCUACGAAGGCUACACGGCUCUGCCCAAGGUCUCUACCCACGCACGUUUACUUAGCAUAUAUUCCAACAAAGCGCGAUAAACUCAAAAUAAUGGUAUUCGAAAACAAUAAACAAAAAAUAAAGGAAACAAGCCAAAACCCUCCCGAAACUCGGUCUGUCACUUAAUAAAUUCAGUAAGUAAAAUGUCAAUAAAUAAAUACAUUAAUAACGCACAGGCUAAACGAGGUGUCGGCUCAGAAUACUUUCCCAUGAGAUAACCAUCCUUUUUAUAGCUAUCAUUCUACCCAUGCUGCAGUUCAGAUUCGGUCUGGCACAACGGACUCUUAUACAAGCUCAGUUUCAAAUAAAUGUCUGAGGAAACCUCUAUAAAGUCACAAAACGUUUAUACUCAAACUCUACCUGUUCUAUUAGGACUGGAAAUAGCCAAACACAACUUUUUCAAUACACUAGAGGUAUGCGUCAAGGUCCCCUUCUCUUUAACCUAUACGUUAACAGGUAGAUACGACAAUAUACCAUGCGAUGGAAGGUUAUGCAGUCUCUGCAAUUGCAACAGACUCGAAGAUGAAACUCAUUUUUUAUUAGAUUGUCCAAUUUUUUCUUCGAUAAGAGACAGGUCUCUAAACUAGAACCUUAUUAAUACCGGUUCUACGACUACAUGCAAUCACAUGCGACCUUAGUAUCACUUCUAAUGAAUUCUACUGACUAUUUUAUUAGCAUCCAAUUAAUUUCAUUUAUGUCAUCUUGCUUUGAAUUGAGAGACAAACUUGUCUUCGGAAUAAUUAAUCCUACUGAUGGUUGAAAAUAAGCAAUGAUUAUUAUAUUUAAAGUUAUUUUAAGUAAUUAAUUUAAAAAGAAAUCAAUAAUUAAAUGCAAGUAGCUUUUACAAUACUGUAAUACUUUGUUAUAGUCUGGUUAUUAAGUCAUGCAAAUAAAGCUUAUUGUUGUUGUCGUUGUUGCCCCAGUUCCCACAAAGACCCCACUGCUCCUGUGAGGCAGAAAAAUUUCAUUUCCGGCUAAUUUUUAUUCACUCAAACGCAGGAAAUUCCAUUUUUCUUCUCGGGCUGCCGCCCUCAUCUCUCGCGUCUCGGGUCUUCACCGCUAAGCGCUCGCGCGCGUGUACCACCCUCAACAAAUCGGAAGGAAAAGGAAGAAUGAUCGCAGUCUACCAUCUGUUCGUCAAAUCAAUAGAACUAAUUGCAUCAGAGCAGCAAUAGUUUCAAACACGAAGCUUUUCAGGAUUCAAACCAAACAACAAUAAUAAUAGUUAUUAUUAUACAUAACACUAUCUAUUCUCUCAAUGGCUAAGAGCCUACAGUAACAAUUACCUAAUUAUUGUGUUAUAAAACUUAACCGUGUCGCGUUUUUUUUUUUUAUAAUUAAUUUAGGUAAAACACCUGGUCCAUCUGCCACAACUAAACCACCCAGUGUAUCAGGUAACAGCAUGCUAAAAAACAAUGAAAUUGCAUGGUGAUACUUGAAACCACUUUCCAAAAAAUUAAUGAAAAAGAUCAAAUUAAUUUACUAUCAGAUAACUGGGUAUAAUAGUAAACUUAACAGUUUGAAAUUAUCUUUAAAACAGGUGAACACACGGCUAAAACUUUGCCUGUAUAUUUUCGUCUCAGAUAUUUCAAUCUUCAAACUGAUUGAGUAGUUCAAUGAACUCGAAAUUUAAUGCUCUUUAUUAAAUAUAAUCAAGGAAACGUACCAGCACCAUUUACUGUUUUGUUUUGUUUGUUUGUUUGUUUUUUUUUCUAUCAUGAUAUUUAUUUUACAUAUUGUUUUGUUUCUCUGUAUUCAUACUGUUGGCCCCUUAUAGCUUCACGAGGUUUUACGAUGAACGUAUUUCUAGUUUUCUAAGAUAAUACUCGUGAGAAUUUAUAGCUAUAGGUGUAACUUCCAGGGACGACGAACGUGCCUUCCUCACCGAAACCAUCAACCACACCAGGUAAAAAACCGUUUAGAAUAGGAUUUAUAAGACUUGUCGACCUAUUUAGAAACUGGGACGAUCUAAGGGCGGCCGGCCAGACCAUGGUUGGACCAGACAUUUUUGAAAUGAAAUACGCUUUUUCUAUGAAGUUUUGCUGAAAAACCAUCUCCUUUGUGCAUAAUAUUUAGGAUUUGACUGAUCCGGAUGGUUAGAUUUGAUUAAAAGUGAAAUUCUCAUUACGAUAGGAAUGGGCUGGCCGGUCAGUUCUGACAUAUGGAGAUCUUUUUUUAUUUUUAAGAUAUCAAAUCAAUCAUAGCGUUUCGUGGCUUCAUAUGUUGAUAAUUGUGUGAAUUGAAUUCUCGAAAUUUUUGUACAAACAGUAGGUAAGAAGAAACAAAUUUAAGGUUUUUUUAUCUUAUCAGAUGCUAAUUAAUGUUCUGUUUAAGUUGUUCAGUUUUAAAAAUUCAGAAUUCAAAGUUCGCGUUCUUUGAGGUUUUCAACACUAUUACGCCGUCUACAAACAUCUACAUACCACAGAUGAAUAUCAGUAAAACUUUCAAAGAUUGUUUAAUAGAUAUUGAUAGAGAAAGAGUAGGAGCGUUGGAUUUUUCCUACUUUCUUGAUACUCGUCUCAUUACAGGUACUUAAAUUAACCUCCCGUAAACUCGGCUUACCAAUAUUUUUAAGAUGACACAUAGGGAGUAUACAUUGUUAGAUAUAAUUCACAAGAAAACAAACUAUUCAGCGACUUUCUCGAAAAGACAAUCAACACGCCAAGUUAUCAGCUGAAAUUGAUGGAAUUGCAAAACUUCAGGAGCGUAGCGUCCACAAACGCACAUACGCCCGUGCGUACAGCUGAAAUCUGGGAAAAAAUUUUGUAUUAUUUCUUGAAAGCAUUUUUGUCAUUAAAUUUUUCGCAUUAUAUCAUUUGUAACCAGUACUUGAUCGCGUCACUGUUUUGCCCUUUUUCCCGUUAACACUGUACCUUUCAUACCGAUAACACUAUAGAUGGGUAUAGUAGCUUCUGCACUUUCCUUCGUCUUUAUUUAUUGAAAAUGUCCAGCAGAAAGCGCAGUAAAUGACAUUCCCGAGACCCUAUAUUUAGAAAUUUUCUGGGGGAGCAUGACCCUAGAGCCUCCUAGUUUGGAGCGCGUUCGACGCUCUGACUUUUCUUCCCGUGCGUACACAUUCAAAACCUCACGCUACGCCCCUGAACUUGCAUCCUUCUUCCUCUUCGGGACAACACCCGGUCCAUCUGAGGCACCUAAAACACCCAGUGCAUCAGGUACCAACCUGCCCAAAACUGAAUGUACAUUCUGAUGUUAGAAAUCGCAGAGAUAACACUGAUGAUUUCAAAAAUACUUAUUUUGAUCAAAUUAGCGAGCAGACCUGGUUCAUCUUCUGCAACAAAAAUAUACAAACUACAUGUUGUUCCUUGACAAUCCUUUAACAGGUACUCUAGACCAAAAUUAUUUAUCCAGACGAGAUCAAUGUAAAUUUUAGCUAAAUUAUCACUGCUAAACCCAAAGCUUUAAUAAUUUUGUUCUCUUACUAACGCCGAAAGAUUCGACCGCGAAUUAAACCGCGAUUGGAUUCAUUCUGCAACUGAGCAGCGUAGUGUAUCUGCGAACGUCAUGUUCAAGCUUUUUAUGCAAUCAUUUUAACUGAUUUUUUUAAGUGAUUUUAACCAGAACGCAACCCUGUUUUACAAACAAACUUCGUUUCCCAAUACGAAUAGUAUAUAUAGUACGAAUAGUGUAGUCCGCCAUGCUAGAGAUUUGUAACAAGUGUCUAUAACUAAUUGACUAACUAACUAACUAAACGUAACUACAACAUCAAAAGCACAUCUCCUGCAAAGAUGAAGGUUUUUAAAUUUUAAGAAGCAGACUGAGUUGACAUUCUAAGAUGAACACUCUUCAAUAGACAAAAAAUAAUUGCCUGACUUAUGAAAUUAGUGCUUUUCUGCUUUCUAAAUCCUUAACUCAAUUCCGAGAGAUUUAGUGAGUUACUACUAAAAAGUUUAAAAUGAAACAAUACAAGGAAAGAAUAAUGAAAUAAAGUAAAAUGGUAAUCUCAGCUGGUUCGAUUUUUGUAAUAGCAAUAACCUUGCAGCGUUAACUGAUUUUUAACUUAGGAACAACGUCCGGGGCAUCUGCUGUAACUAACCAUCUAACCUACCUAUCUACCCCAGCUAACCUACUGUUUUAGGUAAUGGCAUGGUAAUGAAAAUAAUUAUUAACAAUAAUGAUAAUGAUAAUAAUUGUAAUAUAAUAAUCAUUAAUAAUAAAAGUAAUAAUAAAGAACAACUUAAAGACGGUGGCAAAUAAUUACAAAAACUAAUAAACUCGUGGGCCUCUUCAAAAAUGAAAGCUAAUUUUUGCAAAACACCUCCAACUUCCACAUCAGGAACACCAACUGCAACAGGUUGGAAUUCUGCUUUCCUCUGUACAUUAUGAACACAAUCUGACCCAUUACAUAAUUAUUUUAUAAUCCCUAUGAUUAAAAUACAUCGAUCAAUGAACGUAAACUUCCGAUGCUCUUCCCAAGUUGUUUUACAAGACUGAUAAAAAACGUGAAUCAUGACCAGAUUGAUAGUGUUAGGUUUACUUUCUAGGGACCUCACCCAUACCUUCCUCGCAAAGACCAACUAGUGCACCAGGUAAACUGCCGAAAUGAAAUAAACAAUGAAACUUGUAUUCCUGUUUAUAUCUACUCGUAGAUUCACCAGAUUACACCAACUCUAUAUACAUCCUCACCUUAAUUCUAUUUGUAACAAUAUGCAUAGAACAAUAAAUAGAAUGUAAAAAAAUAAGUUUUAAAAUUAAUCAAUUAAUUCUCAUGAAAGUGGUAAUCAUAUCAGUUAGAAGAAUAACAUCACAAAAUGAGUCACAUCAUCACUUAGCAUGACUUGGAUUGCACAGUUAUCGUCUUCAAUUAAGAAAAAGUACCCAUUCACUGUGUUUAAAAGUAGGACAUAAUAAACAAAUGCGGAUAAAAAAAGGUCAAUACGAAGGAUAGCACUUAAAAAAUAACACCAUGAUACUUUGUAGGGAAAUCACCCCUUCCAUCUUCUUCCACUCAACAACCCAGUGGCUCAUCAGGUAAAUGCCGCAUGCUUCAACGUAAAACUUAAAAAUUGAACUCUCCUAAUAUUUUAUUUAACAAUCCAUGUUCAAACUCUAAGUUGAAUAGAUAAUGAGAUCUUAUUAGUUGUAUAGCUUAUUAACUUCAAAGCAUUGUCUGACAGCUUUGUGCUGGUUAACAAACAGCUAAAUACUUUUAAUUGCUUCCAAAAACUAGGAAUUCAGGUGUGAUAUAAUUAUACACAAAUAGCGACAAUUCGACUAAACUUAAUUAGUAGAAGGUAAAACUUGCUAUUGUUCUAAACAUAAAAAACUAUGAGAUAAAUAGCAUGUACUACUUGAUAAAUAGCAUACACUUGCUACAGGCACAACACCAGCACCGUCCGCUUCGAAGGGACCAACCAAAGCACCAGGUAACUACAGUAGCUAAAAGUAGCAACUUAAAAUAUUAAACCUGUUAACUCUGAUUUUCUAUUCGUCCAAUAAUUCAGUGUUUCAAACUAUUCUCUCUACAUAUAUUUCGGUUCAGUUUGGUUUAAAUUAUAUUGAUCUUUAUUCGAAACCGAGCUCUUAAUCUUACAUUACCCAUCCCAAUCCAAAAGCAAAAUUGAGGAAAUGGCCAAAACAGAAAAAAAAACAAUUCUUAUGAUAACAAUCCAAUUGAGACUGUUUUUAAUUUGAAAGCUAUUGUUAGAAAUUCUGUUUUUAAGACAAUCGAGUUAAAUAUUAGAGGAUAUUGGUUACUGAGGCCAAAAAUUUCGAACCAUUACGUGACCGUUAUAAAAUGAAACUAUAAUAUAUAGAUUUAGGUAGGUCUAAAAGCGAAGAUCUCUAUAAUAUUUAUAGUUUGCUCAAACAAAAUAUAAAAUUGUGGAAUGCUAAGCGGCGAGGGCAACGAAAACGGUAAAAAAACAACAACCGGUCUAAUUAGCAAAAAAAGCAACUUUGCACGUGCAGCACACUCUUUUUGUACAUUUCUUUGCCUUUGUUUUGCCCGGCUACAACGUGGAACUUCCAGAAACUUCCUGGUUACACGUUUUAUGGAGGAAAUGUUGUUGUCGCUCAUUUUCACCCCGGUGGCCGCUAACAAUUCUCAUUUUCUCACCGCCGCUACAAAAUUUCAUGUUGUUCCUACAACAGAAGAAGGUCUCCUUUAUUUUUUCUCUCUCGCUCUAGCUCUUUUUCUCGUUCAGCUUUGCUGGGUGUCGCCCUACUUUCUCUUUUUCUCUGUCUUUUUCUUUCUCUGUAUUCCAAAUGUGUGGACAUGACAAUUAAUCUAAGCUUAAUCCUUAAUAGGGGCACCCAACGACAAUUUUCGGAAAAAUAUCUGUUCGGAAGACAAUUUGAGAUGUAGAAUUUUCGGAACAUUUGUUGUAAAAUUUCUUGCUUGCCUGCCUCUCCUAGGAUUUUCGAACAUCUUAAAAAUGGUAUAAUUGCGUAUUUUUAACGGAUUUUUACCCUAAAAAGGUCACCUAGAAUUUUCGGGAGCCUUUUUUCAGGUUGAAAUUGUCGAAAAGGUAAGUUUUGAUCCCUAUAAUUUUCGGAUCACUAGACUUUCAGCUAGCAAAUCCGAACAGAUGAAAAAUUUUUAGGGGAUAAAAAUAUGCCUUUAUCUACCGUUUAAAUACUAAAAUACGUUUAACAAUGCUAUGUUUAAGUGCUUUUGAACUAUAUUCUCGUUGGGUGCCCCUGCCUUAAGACAACACGGAUACAGAAAAAUUUUCCGCUUUCCGUUUUCGUCUUUAUUGACUCUUUAGUGGUCUCUGCUUCACAAGACGUGGGUUGCCGUUCGCUUUCCCGCCAAAAUAAACUGACAUUUAGCUUCGGCUUACAUGAACUUGUGUGUACAGACAGGCGGGCGUACGCUACGUCAUAACCAAAUUUUCUUGCUUUCAUAGGUUACCAAUUUAUCUUAGCCAUGGGGUUACGCUACGCACACUUUGCGCGCGCGGGAGGUCCGCUAUUAAUCUAUUUAUUUAUCAUUCUAUUACGACAGUCUGCCAUAAACCAUUCCUGUUUUACGUAAAAUUAAACUAAAUUAUUAUCAUUGUCAUUAUCAUAAAUAUUGUCAUUGUUAUUAUGGUUAUUAUUAUUAUCAGUACUGUUGUUUUUAUUCUAAUGGUUCCUCCAAUUAAAUAAUAUUUUAACGAUAGCAGACGUGUCACACACGCUUUAAAUUUUAAUUUAGGAAAAACAUCAGCUCCAUCUGCACCAACUGAACAACCUGGUGUGUCAGGUAUCAUAUUCAAUUUCUAAAUAGCAAAUUUAACAGUAUCAAAUGGCUAAACGUUACCUCUUAUUUCCUAUUCCCAAAUAUCAAAUCAGUCUGAUCUAUACGGCACUAAUUAUCAAAACUACACUAGCCAUGCAACAUGUACGUUUGAUUUCUUUUUUCUUUCUAAUUCAGGGAAAACAACCGGUUCUUCCGCUGCAACUCAACAACCUAGUGUAUCAGGUAACAGCAUGCCCAAAAACACAUUUGUCGACAAAAUAAUGCAUGCUAAUAUUUGACACCGCUAUAAUAAAUGACACAAAACAUGUCCAUGAUAAUCUUUCUUACACACUCAGGAAAAACUACCAGUUCAUCCUCUACAACCCAACAACCUAGUAUAUCAGGUGACAGCAUGCUCAAUAUACAGCAAAUAAUGCAUGUUGAUAUUUGACAAGAUAUUUUGACCAAGGACAGGGUUUAUGAAUCAACAGUAGAAUUCCAUGCAACCGUUUGAUAUUUACUCCUGCUUAGCGGAUAAAUAUUCAUUAAAUUUUGAAACAGAUCACUUCCGAUCGCUCCAUUUCACAAGCGCGAUAAAAUAUUCGCGUCCUAAAUAAACUCAGAUUGAAGCAAAUACCAAUCAGCUUACUCAGUAGAACUUUCCGAAAUUGUCUGCAAGAUUAUGCCUAUGAUACGGUAAACAGCUUCAGACAUUAUGUACUUUCUAGGGACAACACCCUCACCUUCCUCGAGGAGGCCAGCCAACGCACCAGGUAAUCUGCCAGAAAAGAGAAAGUACAACUGUUACUCGUAUUCUGGGUUUCUGUUAUACGAACACUUUAAAUUAAUGUGCUCUCAAAGCAAAACGCAAUUUUUGAAUUUUCGUUUAUUUAAAAGCAUGAACAAAGAUUGUAUAAGGAAGGGUAAAUCUGUUAAAUAAGCAUUCUAAAGUUAUCUGUUUACUUUAAUUUCUGUUAUGAUUAAGCACAAUUUAUAAGUAGAACCCAGUAUUAGCCUGCAAGUGCACAUUCAGCGGUGACCAUACGUAGGGCCACCACUUACAUGUAACGAGGGGAACUCAAAUGUUGUUUCGGUUUACCUUUUCCAAAGAUUAAUGGUGGCCUCCGAAAACCACUGGCGCGAGUUGAGCUCCGUCAGCUAAGGUGAUCGUUCUUGAAUGCGAAUGGUGAUUUUUAUUUCAAUUGAAGUUUGUUUCAGAUUUUUCAAAACGACAGAAAAUCAAUUAUGGUACUAGGAUAUGGUAAAACGAAACUUUCACAUCCUUACACUACAGUUGUAGUGUAAGCACUGUACAAAAUCGUGAAUUAAUUAAAUAUUGAUUAAUUAAUUAAAAUUGAUGAAAUCCUCAGCUUGAACACACAUACGCGGCGAGAGAUUCAAUGACGUCAAAGAUAACUUGAACUCGAUCGCGCGUCCGAAUAUCUUCUUCGCCAUUUCCUUUCAAACACCUUCCUCACAGGCUUAGAAAACUUCACUGUAAUAUAUCCAAAUAAAACUGGACAUUUCAAAUAGCAAAAUGAUCUUAAAAAUUGUAUCUGGGUCACAUACAUCUUUUUUCCAACGUUUACAGGGAAAACACCGCGCCCAACAGGGAAUAGCGUGAUCAAAAGUGUACAAAACUAUGCAUGUUGGUACUUGAUUGACAACGCUAAUCUUGACACAUAUAUUUAUUUUUAAUUUUAAUGCAGGAAAAAAACCAGGUCCAGUUUCUACAACCAAACCACCUAGUGUUUCAGGUAACUGCAUGGUCAAAAGUGAACCAUUCAAACGGCAUGCUGAUACUAAAAAAAACAUCAUUUUUUUACUCCAAAUUAAAGAAAUGUAUCAGAUAGAUUGAUAUGAGAUAAAGUUUUUUUUUAUUCCAAUAUAAGAUAACAGAUAACAGCUUCAGCUAUUACUUUCUAGGGACUACACCCACAGCUCCCCCUAAAAAACCACCCAGCGCACCAGGUAAUGUGGUGAAAAAAUUAAUCGCACGACUGACAUUGUGCCUUUUUAUGAAAAUAAUUUGCCAAGUAAUUUGUCUCCGAACGUCAUGUUCAAGCUUUUCAUGUUAUCAUUUUAACUGAUUUAUUGUCUUUUAACCAAAACGCAACCCGGUAACAAGUGUCUAUAACUAAUUGACUAACUAACUAACUAACUUCAUGUAACUACAACAUCAAAAGCACAUCUCCUGCAAAGAUGAAGGUUUUAAAUUUUAAGAAGCAGACUGAGUUGACAUUCUAAGAUGAACACUCUUCAUUAGACAAAAAAAUAAUUGCUUGACUUAUGAAAUUAGUGCUUUUCUACUUUCUUAAUCCUUAACUCAAUUCCGAGAGAUUUAGUGAGUUACUACUAAAAAGUUUAAAAUGAAACAAUAGAAGGAAAGAAUAAUGAAGUAAAGUAGAAUGGUCAUCUCAGCUGGUUCGAUUUUUGUAAUAGCAAUAACCUUGCAGCGUUAACUGAUUUUUAACUUACGAACAACGGCCGGUGCAUCGGCUGCAACUAACCAUCUAACCUACCUACCUACCCCAGCUAACCUACUGUAUCAGGUAAUGGCAUGGUAAUGAAAAUAAUUAUUAAUAAUAAUGAUAAUGAUAAUAAUUGUAAUAUAAUAAUAAUUAAUAAUAAAAAUAAUCAUAAAGAACAACUUAAAGACGGUGGCAAAUAAUUAGAAAAACUAAUACACUCGUGGGCCUCUUCUAAAAUGAAACCUGAUUUUUGCAAAACACCUCCAACUUCCACAACAAGAAAACCAACUGCAACAAGUUGGAAUUUUGCUUUCCUCUGUACGUUAUGAAUACAAUCUGACCCAUUACAUAAUUAUUUUAUAAUCCUUAUGAUUAAAAUACAUCGAUCAAUGAACGUAAACUUGCGAUGCUCUUCCCAAGUCGUUUUACAAGAUUGAUAAAAAAGGUAAAUCAUGACCAGAGUGAUAGUGUUAGGUUUACUUUCUAGGGACCUCACCCAUACCUUCCUCGCAAAGACCAACUAGUGCACCAGGUAAACUGCCGAUAUGAAAUAAACAAUAAAACUUGUAUUCCUGUUUAUAUCUACUCGUAGAUUCACCAGAUUACACCAACUCUGUAUACUUCAGUUGCCAGCUGUAACUGGAACGUUUUAUACCCUAAUCUGACAGCUAGUAAUUAAACAAUAUUAAUAAAGGCCUCAUAAAUUUUUUUGCCUUUCUGUCAGACAUAAAAACAGUACUUUAAUGUUUAUUUUCCAAAUAUUAUUAGUAUUUUUAAAUAAUUUGACACUAUUUGUUAAUUAUUAAAUUUUGUGACUCUCAUUCACACAUUUUAACUUUUCUUUUGAUUUGUAGCUGUAUCCUUAAACUUAAUUAAUUAACUGAUUUUUGUUUCUUAAUUUUUUUUUGGUUUAUUCUCAUUGUCUUGUUAUCUGUGUGGGAAAACAAAAUAAGGUGUAAGGCUCCUUUCAAACCUCGUACCUCAUGGUGCUGCCAUGCUAAGCUAUCCCGACUGUACCCCGACGGGGAGACGAUUUAUUUUCAGAAGUCUAGUGUAAUUUAGUCAAAUACAAUGCAAGCCGAGAACAAAAACACUAAAGCAAAGGCAGUUGAGCCAUCUUAUCUGGAUAUAUUUUUUGAUUUAUGAAUUGAGUUUGGUACUGCCAUAGCACGACGUCUAAAACCUACUGCCCUGCUCAACUCAGUCGGAUUUAGUUCGAUCAAAAUAAAAAUCCGUUUAAUGUAACAAUAUGCAAAGAACAAUAAAUGAAAUUUAAAUAAAUAAGUUUUAAAAUUAAUCAAUUAAUACUCAUGAAAGUGGUAAUCAUAUCAGUUAGAAGAAUAACAGGGGUAUAACAUCACAAAACGAGUCACGUCGUCACUUAGCAUGUCUUGGAUUGCACAGUUAUCGUCUUCAAUUAAGAAAAAGUACCCAUUCAAUGUGUUUAAAAUCAGGACAUAAUAAAUGAAUGCUGAUAAAAAAAAAAGGUCAAUACGAAUGAUAGCACUUAAAAAAUAACACCGUGUUACUUUUUAGGGAAAUCACCCCUUCCAUCUUCUUCCACUCAACAACCCAGUGGCUCAUCAGGUAAAAGCCGCAUGCUUCAUCGAAAACUUACAAAUUGAACUCUCCUAAUAUUUUAUUUAAGGUGACUCGACCCAGUUUUUUUUGGGGGGGUACCAUCCUACUUUGAAGCUCUCUGUUAUCCCCACCUUUACUUUUAUCGUAAGUCUAACACAUAGAAUGGAUAACAUAUAGAUCAAUCUACAAUAUAACAUAAGAUUUUUGGCGAUCGGAGUAAAUGUCACGUGGUUAUAAUGCCACGCCCCUUUGAGGUCUGAGUCGAAAAUCUGCUGUUGCCGGCAUUUUUUCGUGAAAAUCUCUCGGCUACACAUAGUGCGCAUUAGUGCCUUGCGCUGAACAGAGUUUCACCAAAAUCGCAAAGACCCAAUUCGAGAAAUUCAGCGGUUUCCAAAUUUAGGUCAUAAUUUAUGCGAAAAUGAUAAGCAAACUUUACACGGAUUAUAUCUAAUAAACUAUGAGAUUCAUCUCUGUAUCUUGGGCAUCGUUAUAACAGAUGGGUCCUUGCAAGUCCGCAAAACAAUUUAGGGCCUUGUAAAUGCGCGCGACGUCGAGAAAAGCAAACAUAUAGAAAUUAUAGUUUUCGCAAUUUGUUGACGUUUGUCAGCGUUUAAGAGUCAAUCUCACGAAAAAAGCAUUUUCUUAAAAAUUCGUAAUAUUUUUUUCCUUCAAAUUUCUUCAGGGCCACAAUUGGUUAACUAACUACCCGGAAUCUGAAUUUCAUGGUCAUUGAAAAACUGUGACAUUAUCUUCUAUAAGCCCAAACUUGAGUAAACAUUGAAGAUUUUUAGCGUUUUGGCUGAGUUUUUGCUUUGGGAGUUGUCUAUUGUUUCUAGUUUGUCAUGAUACAGCAUUAUUAUUCAGCACGCGUGCAAUGACCGCGCUUGGCUGACCUCCGAAUGCUCACCGAGAUAUGAUAAUUUUGGUACAGUGAAUCAGGCCAUCACGUGAUACAUAGAGGUUUUAACUCACAAUUUUUAAUCAAUCCUCGUGCUUCUUGUGGCUUGACAAAAAAAAUCAAGAAGUGCUACACACUAAAUCUACUUACUAUUAAAAAAAAUACCAUUUUUUCAUAGGUUUAAUGCAAGCCAAUAACUAAACCAACUCUCGUGACGGGAAUCCCUUCUAUUGUCUUAUACUAAAUUAUUAUAUCUCGGUGAGCAUUCGGAUGUCAGCCAAGCGUGGUCAUUGCACGCGUGCUGAACAAGAAUGCUGUAUAAUGACAGACUAGAAACAAUAGACAACUCCCAAAGCACAAAUUAUAACCACGUGACAUUAUACAUUAUUACAUUAUACAUUACGUGGUUAUACAUUAUAACAACGUGACAUUUACUCCGAUCGCCAAAAAAAUUAAUGUUAUAUUGUAGAUUGAUCUAUAUGUUAUCCAUUCUAUGUGUUAGACUUACGAUAAAAGUAAAGGUGGGGAAACCAGAGAGCUUCAAAGUAGGAUGGUACCCCCCCAAAAAAACUGGGUCGAGUCACCUUAACACUCCAUGUUGAAACUCUAAUUUGAAUUGAUAAUGACAUCUUAUUAGUUGUAUAGCUUAUUAACUUCAAAGCAUUGUCUGACAGCUUUGUGAUGGCUAACAAACAGCUAAAUACUUUUAAUUGCUUCCAAAAACUAGGAAUUCAGGUGCGAUAUAUACACAAAUAACGACAACUCGACUAAACGUAAUUUGUAGAAGGUAAAACUUGCCACUGUUCUAAACAUAAAAAACUAUACGAUAAAUAGCAUGUACUACUUGAUAAAUAGCAUACACUUGCUACAGGCCCAACACCAGCACCGUCCGCUUCGAAGGGACCAACCAAAGCACCAGGUAACUACAGUAGCUAAAAAUAGCAACUUAAAAUAUUAAACCUGUUAACUCUGAUUUUCUAUUCGUCCAAUUAUUCAGUGUUUCAAACUAUUCUCUCCAUAUACAUUUCGGUUUAGUUUCAUCGUUGGUUUAAGUCAUAUUGACUCUUUAUUCGAAACAGAGUUGUUAAUCUUACAUUACCCAUCCCAAUCCAAAAGCAAAAUUGAGGAAAUGACCAAAAUAAAGAAGAAAAAACAAUUCUUAUGAUAACAAUCCAAUUGAGACUGUUAUUAAUUUGAAAUCUAUUGUUGUAAAUUCUGUUUUUUAGACAAUCGAGUUAAAUAAUUGAAGAUAUUGGUUACUGAGGCCAAACAUUUCGAACCAUUACGUGGCCGUUAUAAAAUGACACUAUAAUAUAUAGAUUUAGCCAGGUCUAAAAGCGAAGAUCCCUAUGCUAUUUAUAGUUUGCUCAAACAAAAUAUAAAAUCGUGUAAUGCUAAGUGGCGAUGGCAACGAAAACGGUAAAAAAAAACAAGAAUAGGUCCUAAUUAGCAAAAAAGCAACUUUGCACGUGCAGCACACCUUUUUUGUACAUUUCUUUCCCUUCGUUUUGUCCGACUACAACGUGGAACUUCCAGAAACUUCCUGGUUACACGUUUUAUGGAGAAAAUGUCGUUGUCGCUCAUUUUCA